CUCUGCUCCAUUUGACUGUUACGACCUCUACAAAUGUGGUAAAAGGAAGACUGGAAUUUAUAAAAUAUUCCCUUAUAAAAGUGACAAGAACCUCACUUCUGUUCCCGUGUUGUGUGACAUGGAUUCAUCUGAAGGUGGUUGGACGGUCAUUCAGCACAGGAAGCGGGAUAAUCCCCGUGUAAAUUUCAACACAACCUGGGAUGAUUAUAAGCGAGGUUUUGGUGAUGUAAAUGGAAAUUAUUGGCUUGGAAAUGAUGCAAUUCAUACUCUGACAACAGCAUACAACAAUUCACUGUUCAUCAGAUUCAAAUCUACGACGAAUCAGUCAUUUGAAGCACAAUAUUCCUCAUUUUCACUCUCUGAUGAAACUGGAGACUACAGGCUUUCCUUGGGGAAUAUGUCGGGUAAUAUAGUUGAUGCAUUCAGAUCUUGGCACCCGGUGGUCAACCAUUCCUUUAGUACAUUUGACCACGACAACACGCACAGCAGGUGUCCAGCCUCUCGGAAAUCUGGGUGGUGGUUCAAUGAUUGUACUCUCGUGAAUCUAAAUGCUCCUUUUUUUGAAUUUCAUAGUGACCAGGUUUGGGACGAAAUUAUUUCCUCUGGAAAAUAUCUUUUCUCUUCUGAGAUGUUAAUUAGAAGAAUGUAGUUAAUGCUAAUUUUUCAAAUAUGAAAAAAAUAUUUAUCAGUGAUUUAACAAAACAAAACAUAAAUCCUUCUAAUGCAUUUCAGGAAUAGGAAUAAUGUUUAUUAAAUAUGUCUGAUUUAAGUCUCUUUAAAGUCUUUACUC